CGGAGAGGACCGUUGAUGGACUACACUUCCCUCCUGAGGAUAUUUUACCGAAGAGGUUGAGAGCACCGGACCGAGCCCGAACCACAUCGCCCCGGUCCGGCCAUGGACGAGCAGGCGGGCCCCGGUGUCUUCUUCAACAACAACAGCAACUCGGGUCUGGCCGGCGGUGGGAAUAUUAAAGCUCCGCAGCCUAGCGACGGUGGCGGCGGAGAGACGGCCAGGGCUCAGUUCAGCAUCCCGGGGAUUUUACACUUUCUCCAGCAUGAGUGGGCCCGCUUCGAGGUGGAGAGGGCGCAGUGGGAGGUCGAGAGGGCCGAGUUGCAGGCUCAGAUUGCCUUCCUGCAGGGGGAGCGGCGAGGUCAGGAGAACCUGAAGAAGGACCUGGUGAGACGGAUCAAGAUGCUGGAGUACGCCCUCAAACAGGAGAGGGCCAAAUACCAUAAGCUGAAGUAUGGAACAGAACUGAACCAGGGAGAGAUCAAACCCCCCAGUUAUGACUCAGAUGAGGGGAACGACAGUGAGGUUCCCAGUCCUCCAAACAGCAGCCAUCAGCUCAGCUGGAAACAAGGACGCCAGCUGCUCAGACAGUACCUGCAGGAGGUGGGAUACACAGACACCAUCCUGGAUGUGAAGUCUCAGCGGGUGAGAGCGCUGCUCGGUCUGACCGGAGACUCCGCAGAGAAACCUGCAGAGAAGAAAACCGAGCCAAUGGUGAACGGCACCGAGCCGUCCUCACUGAAGGACAGCGGCGUGGUCAGUAAACCCGACACGUCCGACUCGGCCACCGUGUUGGAGGCCUUCAAGUUCAUAGAGAGCGCCGCCGCAGAGUUCAGCGACGAGGAGGAGGAGGAGGACAGCGAAGGGAGGGACAAGACUAUCCUGGACCUGGCUGCAAUGGUGAAGAAAAAACAGUCAUCGACACCAUCUUCCACGACCUCUGACCUCAGCGACGACCCCGACACAGAGGAGGCCCUGAAGGGUUUUGAUUUCCUGGCCAGUCCAGACGAGCUGGACGGAUCACCUGAGUCCAGGAGCGGCGAGGACAGCGGAGAGUGGGAGAAGGAAGAGUCUCCUCUGGGUGAACUGGCCUGGGACGUGGACCAGGGACUGAUAGCCCAGCUCAAGGAGCAGUACAGGAAGGAACGCAAGGGCAAGAAGGGGGUGAAGAGACCAAACAGCUCUAAGCUGCAGGACAUGCUGGCUAACCUGCGGGAUGCUGAGGAGCUUCCCUCCAUGCAGCCUCCUGUGACGCCCCCCUCCCGGCCCAGUGUACCCAGACUCAGUGAGCAUGAAGUGGGACGUCCAGAUGAAGAGGCGAUGACGUUCUUGCCGUCGUCGGGGAAGUCGUUCAUCCUGGGCCGAGUGGAUGAGGCGGUUUCUAACGAGCUCGGACUGGGAGAACUGGCUGGACUGACCGUCGCCAAUGAGGCCGACAGCCUGGCGUAUGAUAUCACCAACAACAAAGACGCUCUGAGGAAAACCUGGAACCCCAAGUUCACCCUGCGGAGCCACUUCGACUCGGUCCGGAGUCUGGCCUUCCACCCGGUGGAGCCGGUCCUGGUCACGGCCUCCGAGGACCACACCCUCAAACUGUGGAACCUCCAGAAGACGGCGCCCGCCAAGAAAUGUGCUGCUUUAGAUGUUGAACCCAUCUACACCUUCAGAGCCCACAGCGGCGCUGUGCUGUGCGUCACCAUGAGCUCCAGUGGCGAGCAGUGCUUCAGUGGGGGCGUGGACGGAACCAUUCAGAGCUGGAACACCCCCAACCCCAACAUUGACCCCUACGAUUCAUAUGAGCCCUCGGUCCUGCGGGGGGCACUGUGUGGUCACACAGACUCGGUGUGGGGCGUGGUCUACAGCUCGGCACAUCACCGCCUCCUCUCCUGCUCGGCCGACGGGACAGUCCGGCUGUGGAACGCCGCCGACACCUCGCCGUCUCUCGCCGUUUUCAACGAGAGAGGAGCUCGGGUGCCGACCUCAGUGGACCUGGUGAGCAGCGAGCCAGCUCACAUGGUGACGUCGUUCACCACCGAACACAUCGGACUCUUCAACAUGGAGACGCAGCAGCUCGUCCUGAAGCUGGACUCUGCCGGACCGCCAGAGGCUCCCUGCAAGAUCAACAGAGUGCUGAGUCACCCCACACUGCCAAUCACCAUCACCGCUCAGGAGGACCGCCACAUCCAGUUCUUCGACAAUAACACAGGGAAACUGAUCCACUCCAUGGUGGCUCACCUGGACUCUGUCACCUGUCUGGCUGUGGAUCCAAACGGACUGUACCUCAUGUCUGGAAGUCACGACUGCUCCAUCCGUCUGUGGAACAUGGAGAGUAAGACGUGUAUCCAGGAGUUCACCGCCCACAGGAAGAAGUUUGAGGAGUCGAUCCACGACGUGGCGUUCCACCCUACCAAGUGCUACAUUGGCAGCGCCGGGGCUGAUGCGCUCGCCAAGGUCUUCGUAUGACCUGAGCCUGACGGACGAGUGGAGAGGAGGAGGAGGAGGGUGGAGUUUGGAGGAGGGUGUGUCCACAGACUGCUCCUGUUAAGAUUCGUCACGUAUUGGUCCCCGCCCGCCUCCUGGACUCAGGCUGGCCUGGGUCCUGAAACAAACCAACCUCUGGAUGAGACGAUGAAUGAAAACAGAAAGCCUCGGUACAUUUUACAAACGCUGGAAUCUUUUCUUUCUCUUUUCUCCGUCACAGGUGAAGAUACAAGCUCCACCUCUGUCUCCGUCACUAACCCCAGACACUCGCUCUGAGGUGUUCGUCAUGAUAACGUGCCUUUUUUCUUCAGAACACAGAUUCUUUGAGGUGUUUAGAGGACGUGGGAGGAGCUAAGGGGAUGUGAGAGGAGCUAAAAUGCAGUGGGAGGAGCUGAGAGGACGGUGGACUGACGGACCUGCUGCUGGAUUUCUGCUUUAAAUGAAUCUGGUUGAGUUUUACUUUUGAAGUUGUGCCUGGAGACGACGACUUCUGUUUCACCCUGUAAAAGCCCCCACAGGAGGUGAGAGGUCAAAGGUCAUGACCCUGAGUGGACAGUCGAAACAUGAGGGCAGCGGCAGGUCAGAUCACAAACACCUGAGGAGUUUCAUUUCAAAAUAAGAGCCUUCUGAAGGCAGUGACUCCUGCUGGUCUGAAACCAGCUGUAGAACCUGUAGUCAGAGCAACCACAAUACAAACACACUGUUGUCAUGGCGACAUGUCCGAGCAGCACUGUGCAAACAUUUGAGUCACUUUAGAUGUUCACUCUUCAUCAUCAUCAUCAUUAUCAUCAUCACCUGGUCCUCACAGUCACUUGGUCCCCACAGAGACCUGGU